UCGAGAGACCAAAAGAGUUGUCUCCCCUAGCUGCAGCGCUGCCUGGCGGCUUCUAAACACUAAGAUGCCGAGUGGACAUGCCCAAGAUAUGCCCCCUCAAGGGGGCUACAGCAACAUAGAAUGGGCAAAGAAGUUCCCAAAAAGCCGAUUUAGUGGUUACACACAGUUUGGUAUGUUCAUUGGAUUUACAGCAGCAGCGUGGAUAGCAUUUUACUUUCAGCGAAGAAGAAAGGAACAGCUUUCACUUGAAAUGAGAGAAGCACGGCUAGCCAUUGUACCCCUCCUGCUAGCAGAACAGCAAAGACUGUACCUAAUGCAAUUGCGAGCUAACCGAGAUGAGGAGAAUGAGCUGAUGAAGGAUGUACCCAACUGGAAGACAGGCACUCUGUGGGGGGAGCCAGUGUACCACAACAUCGCAAACCGAUUCAUUAUGCCAUCCUCAGAGGAGUUCUUUGCUCAUUGCUCCUACAGACAAAAGUAUUUAGCUGUCAAUGAGAAGUUCAAGCAUUGAUGAGUGACUUUAGGAUUUUGAUAUUCUUGAAAUGAAAAACUGCAUUGUUCUGUGCUGCAUUAUGAGAAACAAGUGCUUCGUUUAAAGCAGAGGUGCACAUUUUGUUAUCAUCUGUGAGAUGUUUCGAUGUUUGGAACUUUGUGCACUUGUGAGAAAUAGCGUGUUUGAAUAAACCCUGUAGAUAAA